GUUUUUGUGUGUGUGUGUGUAGGUGCUGAGUAAGCUUGGUGUAAAGUCAGACUGGCACUUUGUGGAUGUCUUGGGCUUAGAGGACGAAGCCCUGGCUGGGGUGCCCACGCCCUGCUGUGCCCUGAUGCUCCUCUUCCCCUUGACACAACAGCAUGAGGAGUUUCGCUCCAAGCAGUCGGUUGACCCAUGCAAGGACGUCUACUUUCUGAGUCAGACGAUCGUAAACUCCUGUGGGUCUGUCGGAUUGCUGCAUGCCGUGGCCAACAAUCGGGAUCAACUCAGUUUUGAAGGUGAUUCUGCCUUGAAGAAAUUUCUAGAAGAAACUUCUGGAAUGUCCCCUGAUGAACGUGCUAAACAGCUGGAGCAAAAUAAGGCAAUCCAGACAGCUCAUGAUGAAGUUGCAGCUGAGGGGCAGUGUCGUCCUGAAGCCGACAAGGUUAACUUUCACUUCAUCACCUUUGUCAACGUAAACGGUCAGCUUCAUGAACUUGAUGGCAGACUGAAAGGACCUGUAAACCAUGGUGCAACAAAACCAGACAGCUUUGUCAUGGAUGCUGCAAAGGUGUGUCGUGGAUUUACAGAGCGAGAGAAAGGGGAGGUGCGAUUCUCUGCUGUGGCUCUUUGUAAGGCCUGAAGAUGAGCUGUACCCAACGCUGAUCAAAUGACCAAAAACAUCCUUCCUCCCUUACAGGCCAGAGCACAUCAGUCCUGCACAGUUCACACAAACUGCCUGCUUCUGAAUCUUGCAUACUGUUCAAUAUUUUCUUGCCUUUCUUCAUAGCUGUCAGGCUUCUGUUCUGUUUGUAAGUUGUUUAUAAUAUUUGAACAAGUUGCCUAAUUGACACAUGCUCUUGUGAUUUGGUUCAGUUCUAAAUAAGCUUUCAGCUUCUGAACUUAAUGCUGUUUGGCUCGGAUUUCAAGCGCACGCCUCACCAGGAAGCGCUGUGUAAUCUGGUGUUGAGUGCAAUUCUGAUCUAUAAAGCGAAGAAUGGGUGAUAUGGGGGGGUUCAGUGACACUGUUUAUUAGUGCAAAUAUUUCCCAUUCUGGCUAACAGGGAAACUGUUCUCUUUUUGUGGUCACUGCUAAUGUAGUUAAAUAAAUGUGAAGAAACUGUU